AAGGCCCUAAAGGUCCACAUGCCAGAACCCAUGUGCCUCAUUGAGAAUGUGGAAGGGCAGCUGAGGCCUAAUCAGAAGGCCCUGGACAUCCUGUCAGCCAUCACACAGCCUGUGGUGGUGGUGGCGAUUGUGGGCCUCUACCGCACAGGGAAAUCCUACCUGAUGAACAAGCUGGCUGGGAAGAAAACAGGAUUCGCUCUGGGCUCCACAGUGCAGGCUCAUACAAAAGGAAUCUGGAUGUGGUGUGUGCCACAUCCCCAGAAGACAGACCACACACUUGUUCUGCUUGACACGGAGGGCCUGGGUGAUGUGGAGAAAGGCAACAGCCAGAACGACUGCUGGAUUUUUGCCCUGGCUAUACUUCUAAGCAGCACCUUUGUGUACAACAGCAUGGGGGCCAUCAACCAACAGGCUAUGGACCAGCUGCACUAUGUGACAGAGCUCACAGAUCGGAUCAGAACGAGGUCUUCACCUGACCAGGAUGGUGGGGUGGAAGACUCAGAUGACUUUGUGAGUUUCUUCCCUGACUUUGUGUGGACUCUGAGGGAUAUGACCCUAAGACUUGAAGCAGAUGGACAAAGCCUCACGGCAGAUGAGUACCUGGAGAAUUCCCUGAAGCUCAAGAAAGGUGCUAGUGAAGAAGAUAAAAAUUACAACCUGCCCCGACUCUGUAUCCAAAAGUUCUUCCCCAAGAAGAAAUGCUUUGUCUUCUAUCCACCCACUCACUGGAAGAAUCUCUCUGAACUCGAGAGCCUGCGGGACGAUGAGUUGGAUUCUGACUUUGUGCAGCAAGCAGCAAAGUUCUGUUCCUUCAUCUUCAGCUCUUCCAAGGCCAAAGCUCUCCCAGGAGGCAUCAAGGUUAAUGGAGCUCAACUGGCGAUUCUAGUGCAGACCUACAGGGAUGCCAUCAGCAGUGGGAUUGUGCCUUGUUUGGAGAAUGCAGUGAUGACCCUGGCCCGGCGUGAGAACUCUAUAGCUGUGCAGAAGGCAGCUGACCACUAGAGAGAGCAGAUGGCCCAGCGUGUGGAGCUCCCUACAGAAACGCUUCAGGAGCUUAUAGACAUACAUGCUGCCUGUGAGAAGGAAGCUAUUGCUGUCUUCAUGGAACACUCCUUCAAGGAUGACCAGCGAGAGUUCCAGAAGAAGCUUAUGGAGACCAUAGAGGAAAGGAAGGAAGCACUCAUCGGACAGAAUGAAGCAACAUCUCUCAGCCACUGCCAGGCUAAGCUGGAGAAGCUUUCAGAGCCCCUGAGGGAGAGCAUCUCAAGUGGAGCUUUCUCUGUUCCUGGAGGGCACAGCCUCUACUUAGAAGCCAGGAAGAAGGUUGAGCAGGACUAUGAGCGAGUGCCCAGGAAGGGAGUGAAGGCAAGUGAGGUCUUCCAGAACUUCCUAAAGUUACAGAUCCCUAUUGAAGAAUCCAUCCUGAAGUCAGAUAAAGCCCUUACUGAGGGACAGAAAGCCAUCGCAGCUGAGAAGGCCAAGAAAGAGGCGGCUGAGAAAGAGCUGGAGAUAGAGAGACAGAAACAGAAGGAGAAAGAGGAAGAGCUGGAGGCUCUAAAGAGAAGCUUUUCAGAAAACAUGUCCCAGCUAGAGAAAAAGAUCAAAAUGGAAAUUGAGAACCUUCUGAUUGAGAAGGAGAGGGUACUGCAUCACAAACUGGAGGUACUAGAAAAACUAGCUCAAGAGGGACUUGAGCAAUGUCAUGAAUUAAGAAAAGAAAUAAAGCAAAGAGAACAUGAGAUUCAAGACCUUAAAGAGAACAGUUUUUCAAAAAUGCUUCAUGAGGGUAUAGCUCUACUCUGUUUACCAGUGGUGAAAAUACUCAAUUUCAUAUUAAAAAGCUAUGAAGCCUUUGUGACCUCUGCCAGUAAGCAGCACUCUCCACAGGAUCUGCAUCCAUCCCUGCCUCCAGGUUCCAGCCUUGAUUCUAUUCCUGCCCUGACUUUCCUCACUAAUGGGGUGUGGCCUGAGAAUUGUAACAUGAAAUAA